AUGUUUCCGAUUCUGGAAACUGGAGAUCAUCAUGUAUUGGAACACAAAGUUCAGACUUUCGAUUACUACAAUGACUUCUUGUCAUCAUCGGAUAAGAAGGGCGAGGAAGAAUUCUUUUUUCCAGUGAGGAACAUAGUUAAUCGGAUUAUGAAUUUACAUGCUCUGGAGUGGUCUGGUGAGGUGCGCAACAUCAUUCAUUCUGCUGAUGGGAAGUCUGUUUCAGUUGGUUAUCGUGUAACGCUGUAUGGGACAGAUGCAGAGGGGAUAAAAGUAUUUGUCCAUUUGAUCCCCCCUCUUUCAUGGAUCCCUCCAUCUUCUGAAUCUGUAUCUGAAGGUGCACACUCUGAUACGAUAAAGCAUGACCCUUUAAAUAUUGAGUUGAUUGGAGGCCAGCAUGGUAGUUUUGGAGGCCAAUCCACGGUACAAAUGAGCUCCAUUUCUCCAGGGACAAGCAGUUUCAGUCCAGUUCUGCAUCAGACUCCAACUUCCCUUAGUGAUAACGUAAGUUAG